AUGUAUUGCACACUUGGAGGCGGUGAUUAUGAACCUGAUCCGGAUGUAAGAAAUUCCAUUAUGGCUAAUCAGGAUGACAAUACUUAUGAAUAUUCACGAAAUCGUUCUGCUAGUGAAUGUGCACCUGAGGAAUUUAAAUACUCUGUUAUUAUCGGAAAUGAAGUUAUCAAAAUCACAGGAACAUGUCUCAAUUAUGUUACUGCUGCCAAAUUAGAGCUGGAUAAAUUCUUUUCUAAUACAUAUUUUGAAACUGCAAAUAAAAAUAAUGUAGAAAAUGGCGAAGUUUUCCUUACUGCCAAAUCUGAUAUGAUAGAUGAAAUUACUGAUGGCUUUGGAAAUGGAUUUACUAUUUCCGAAGAAGCGCCAAGCAAACCCAUUGAAAGAAGAAAAUAUUUUCAUAGAAAGUCCUCGAGUUUAAGACUAUCCAGGUGA